CCCACUGCCCUGCCCAGUAGACCACUUGUUUGUGAGGAGCCUAGUGUCUUCGGUGGCGACGAAGUCUUCCGUGUGGUAAUGACGUAGCUGUGAACCGUUUAGCUUCAUGACAGAAGUAGGUCAAUUUCCUGGUUCUUUCAGGAAAGUUAGGAGAACAGAAAAGGAUUCGAAGAACAUGACGUUGAAACUAUAAGCAACCGCCAAGUUUGAAGACCAUUCAGAAUCGUUCAAUUUUGAUGCGAGUAGGAAUUGUGAAGGAAGAUUGACCCUCAGCGCUCUCUUAAAGACUGUAGGUUUAGGAUGUAGUUCUUUCCAAAAUAAUUGCAUCAUAGACUUUGAAAUGCUUAAAUCACUUGCAGUUUCAAAUACCUGACUCUAUUUUAGGUAGGUAUUAGGGAAAUUUGGUUUCAUGUGUCAUUAAGAAGCACCGAUUUACCCUUUACUGGACAGAGCCCUGGGAAAAUCUAUUCUGCUCUAUGCACUUCCCUGUUUACCGGUAAAGACUGGAGACUCAUUGCAGUCAUGGCCUUCACCAAUUACAGCAGUCUCAACCGAGCUCAACUAACCUUUGAGUAUCUGCACACAAAUUCAACCACUCAUGAAUUCUUGUUUGGUGCUCUUGCUGAACUGGUUGAUAAUGCAAGAGAUGCUGAUGCUACCAGAAUAGACAUUUAUGCUGAGAGGCGGGAGGACCUUCGAGGAGGAUUUAUGCUUUGCUUUUUGGAUGAUGGUGCAGGAAUGGAUCCCAGUGAUGCUGCCAGCGUGAUACAGUUUGGGAAGUCAGCCAAACGAACUCCUGAGUCCACCCAGAUUGGGCAGUAUGGCAAUGGAUUAAAAUCGGGCUCAAUGCGCAUUGGGAAGGAUUUUAUCCUCUUCACUAAGAAGGAAGACACCAUGACCUGCCUCUUCCUGUCUCGUACAUUUCAUGAGGAAGAAGGCAUUGAUGAAGUGAUUGUCCCAUUGCCUACCUGGAAUGCUCGAACACGGGAACCUGUCACAGACAAUGUGGAGAAGUUUGCCAUCGAGACAGAGCUCGUCUACAAGUACUCUCCUUUCCACACUGAGGAGCAAGUGAUGGCCCAGUUCAUGAAGAUUCCUGGGAAUAGUGGAACAUUGGUGAUCAUCUUUAAUCUCAAGCUCAUGGAUAAUGGAGAGCCGGAACUAGACAUAAUAUCCAAUCCAAAAGAUAUCCAGAUGGCAGAAACCUCCCCAGAGGGCACGAAGCCAGAGCGACGCUCCUUCCGAGCCUAUGCUGCUGUGCUUUAUAUUGAUCCCCGGAUGAGGAUCUUCAUCCAUGGGCACAAGGUGCAGACCAAGAGACUCUCCUGCUGCCUGUAUAAGCCCAGGAUGUACAAGUACACAUCAAGCCGUUUCAAGACUCGGGCAGAACAGGAAGUGAAGAAAGCAGAGCAUAUAGCACGGAUUGCUGAAGAAAAGGCCCGGGAGGCAGAGAGCAAAGCUCGGGCAUUAGAAGUUCGCAUGGGUGGAGACUUGACACGGGACUCCAGGGUGAUGCUGCGGCAGGUCCAGAAUAGUGCCAUCACCCUUCGUAGAGAAGCUGAUGUCAAGAAAAGGAUCAAGGAUGCCAAGCAGCGAGCACUCAAAGAACCCAAGGAGCUAAACUUUGUUUUUGGGGUCAAUAUUGCACACCGGGACUUAGAUGGCAUGUUUAUCUACAACUGUAGCCGCCUGAUCAAGAUGUAUGAGAAAGUGGGCCCACAGCUGGAAGGGGGCAUGGCAUGUGGUGGGGUCGUUGGGGUUGUUGAUGUGCCCUACUUGGUUCUGGAACCUACACAUAACAAGCAGGACUUCGCUGAUGCUAAGGAGUACCGGCAUCUGCUUCGAGCAAUGGGGGAGCACUUGGCACAGUACUGGAAGGACAUCGCCAUUGCCCAGCGUGGAAUCAUAAAGUUUUGGGAUGAGUUUGGCUACCUUUCUGCCAACUGGAACCAACCCCCAUCUAGUGAACUGCGUUUCAAACGCCGGAGGGCUAUGGAAAUCCCAACCACUAUCCAGUGUGAUUUGUGCCUGAAAUGGAGGACCCUCCCCUUCCAGCUGAGUUCAGUAGAAAAAGAUUAUCCUGAUACCUGGGUUUGCUCCAUGAACCCUGAUCCUGAGCAGGACCGCUGUGAAGCUUCUGAACAGAAGCAGAAGGUUCCCUUGGGGACAUUAAAAAAGGACCAAAAGACACAGGAAGAAAAGCAGAAGCAGCUGACAGAGAAAAUUCGCCAGCAACAGGAAAAGCUAGAAGCUCUUCAGAAAACCACACCCAUCCGCUCUCAAGCUGACCUGAAGAAAUUGCCCUUAGAAGUGACUACCAGACCGCUGUGUGAAGAAUCAGUGCGGAGACCUCAGCGUCCUCGGUCACCCCCUUUACCUGCAGUGAUCAAGAAUGCUCCCAGCAGACCCCCUUCUAUUCAGACUCCCAGACCAACUAGCCAACUCCGAAAGACUUCCAUUGUCAACCCUCCAAAGCCACCUACUCCAGCAGCCCGAGGAGAAACUAGUGCUUCCAGGCUACUCCAGCCUGCUGAGGCACCUCGAAAGCCUACAAACCCUCCCAUCAAGGCUGCACCACGGCCCACCCCUCCUGUACAGCCCCAAUCACUGUCUCUACUCCCCAAUUCCAAGACCCUUCGAGAGGUCCCUGCUCAAAAAGCCGUCAAGACUCCAGUGGCCAAGAAGCCAGAGCCACCUGUUAAACAGUCCGUGGCAACCUCAGGUCGGAAACGGAAUCUUGUGGUCUCUGAUGAGGAGGAGGCUGAAGAAGAAACUGAAAGGAGAAAAGAGAGAUGCAAGCGGGGCAAGUUUGCUGUGAAGGAGGAAAAGAAGGAAGCAAAUGAGCUCUCAGACAGUGCUGGGGAAGAUGACUCAGUUGAACUCAAGAAGGCUCAGAAAGACAAAGGGCUGCAUGUAGAAGUACGUGUGAACCGGGAGUGGUACACAGGCCGUGUCACAGCUGUGGAGAUGGGCAAGAAUGUGGUUCGGUGGAAAGUGAAGUUUGACUAUGUGCCCACAGACACAACACCAAGAGACCGCUGGGUGGAGAAAGGCAGUGAAGAUGUACGACUGAUGAAGCCACCUUCUCCAGAGCACCAGAGCCCUGACACGCAGCAAGAAUGUGGCGAGGAGGAAGAGGCUGCAGUGGCUCAGCAGGCAGUGUCCUUGCCAGAGCCCUCCACCUCUGAUGGUCUUGCCAUUGAGCCUGACACCACUGCCCCCAGUACCAGCCAUGAGACUAUUGACCUCCUGGUCCAGAUCCUUCGGAAUUGCUUGCGGUAUUUCUUGCCUCCAAGUUUCCCCAUCUCCAAGAAGGAGUUGAGUUCUAUGAAUCCAGAAGAACUAAUAUCUUUUCCUCUGAAAGAAUACUUCAAGCAGUAUGAGGUGGGGCUCCAGAAUCUGUGCCAUUCCUACCAAAGCCGAGCUGACUCACGGGCAAAAGCCUCAGAGGAGAGCUUGCGCACAGCUGAGAGAAAGCUUCGUGAGACAGAGGAGAAGUUACAGAAGUUGAGGACCAACAUUGUAGCACUCCUGCAAAAAGUGCAGGAGGACAUAGACAUCAACACAGAUGAUGAGCUGGAUGCCUACAUUGAGGACCUCAUCACCAAAGGGGACUGAGGAACCGGGAGUCAGAUCUGCUCUUCUGCACAUCUGCCCUUCAGCACAGCAGCUCCUGGGGAGGGGAUUUCAUUUGUGAGUUGGUGGACUAAAUCUUGGUUUGACUCAUGUGGGACAUUUGUGCUUUGGGAGGAAGAUUCAAAGAAUCCCUAAGUUUACAUAAAUAUUUAUUUUUUAAAAGAGAAGAUGUUAAUGCCUGCUAUGAGACCUUACUUUUUGGUCUGUGACUCUUGAGGAAGAGGCAUAGAGUCUGAGCCAGUCAGCUCCUGGCACCUCAAGAAAGGAUUGAAGCAAGCACCAUCCUGAAGUUGGAGAGGCUCCAGGGCAGGAUGAUUUUUUUUCUCCUACAGGAUCAAAAAUGGGAUAUGAAAGAUAAAUGUUCCCAGGGACUCGGAUCUGCAAGACCCUCAAGGGGGUGAUCAAAGCAGGCCUAGUAUCAAAAAGACUCUCCCUAUAACAGAUCUCCUGAUGUCCAGUCUGGGCUAUGAAGGUCUUAGGCUACCUGAGCCACUGUCAGAGUCAUCCUAGACGUGGCAGUAUCCAGACAGCCUGGAGAUGAUUCUUGAUGCUCAAAUUUCCCAGCGCACCACCUACUUUGAUACUGAAUGAGUCAACCACACUGUCUAAGCUCUAGUGUAGACAGCUCGCUGGUCAGUCCACUGGGCUGGAUAGCACUCUGAAUGUUGAACUUCGAAGAUUCUCAGGGUGUGCAGGUGUGAAAGAGCUCCCUGGAGGGAGGAGGCUUCCUCAGUGGUGCUAGUUCCUUGAGAGCCUUUGCUGCUGUUUUUCUACUAUGUUCUCUGUGAGCUUCAGAGAGCCCUGCACCUCCCAUGCUCUGGAACGGUGAGGAGGAGGGAUCAUGUGCUUCAGACAACUACUCAGAGCCAGAAAGGCAAGAGCUUCAUCUGAUGGCUCCAGUCCCACCAACUCUUCACACUCCUGAAGACUGACUUUAUACUCUUGAUGGAAAACACCUUGGGAUUUGUUUUCACCAUCUACCCAAGCCAAGGCUGCCACCUUGUGUCCCAUGGUGUCUGCAGAAGACGGGAAAGUGGUGGUGAGGGAACUGUGCACAUGUGCCUGUUUGGGUUCUGGGCUACCCCAGACUA